AUGACACCACCAUCAUCAACCUCGUGUUGCCAUGUUUUGUCAUCAUCACCUACUCACCUGAAAUCGAAUCCACUGAAGGGUACAAUUCAAAAUUGUACAUUGGAAAGCGCCAUUUCUUCAAUACAUUCACCAUCGGGAAAAGACAAAAUACAAUUUGUAAACUUUCCGAAAGCAUGGGAUGAAUCACAAAUGUCUUUGUACUACAAUUUACUGCUCAAACAAUGUCCUAAAUGUCAUCAUCGGGAGCAACAUGCGUCAACAAAAAAUAAGAAAGAGGAAGAGCCAUUAAGAAGCGAAAUUAUUAACGAUUGCGCAAAACCUCCAAUUCCUCGAGUAAACGCUGCAUCUAAUGGAGUGUCUUAUCGAGCGCUUCCAAAAGCUACUUGUGACGACCUUAUUCAAGUUUGUAAUUUCUAUCUGGAGAAAUCGAAAGGAAAAUAUAGCGAGAAAACGAGAGCUUACAGAUAUCUGGUUGAAAUGGCUGAAGAAAUUAAAAAAUUAACGGAGAUGAUAAAAACUGAAUUCGCCAAUGAGUAUUCAAAGCAGAGGUCACAAAUAAUACAUCUUAACAAGGUUUGUGAGGAGUGGAACAAGCAUUUUGGAAAGUCCAACGAUGACAAGUACAGCAAAGCUACACCAAGAGAUCUUCGUUACAUAAUAGAUAGACUUGAGAAUGAAGUGAAAAAGUUGGAGCAAGAAUUAAAAGAGGAAAGGCUUAGACACUAUGACCAGGAAAGAAAACUUCAUCAAAUGAUCAAUGAGCACCACGAAGCAGCACGAAGAAGCGUGAGAAGUAUGUUUAAACAAGCAUCCAACAAUUUCUCUUCUCCAUACCCAAUGUCAAGUAAUACUGCAACACAAAAUCUUCAGGAAACAAAAGGUAUAGGAGAUUUGGAAUCCCAAGCUCAUCAGGAUUUGGUAGAGAGGCUCCUUGAAGAAAAUAGGCUUUUGAAAAAGAAAGUGCAAGAAUUGACAAAUGGUACCAGUUACUUGAAGCCAACAAGUGUUUCAAACUCUAGCGGCAGCACAAACGAUGUGUCACCUUCUUCUUUCUACAACAACUCAUCAUUCAUUCAUUGA